CCCAAAAAAAAACGCAAAAACGGUGUUUUUCUUGUUCACUCAUUCACACGUUCUCUUCACUAGCUAGUCACGUUUUGAAGCUGCUUCCUCUCUUCUUUCCAUCCUCUUUUCAAUCUCCAAAAAGUUAGCUUUUUUUACCUGUUGAUUUUGCUUUUAGGGUUCCCCAAUUCUCGAAUUCCUUUUGCUGGAAGAUCGAAGCUCAUAUUCAGCUAAACCCCACAGCACCGUUGCUUAUAGAUCAAUGGAUUUCUCAAGGAAAAAGCGGAUGUUGCGAUUUUGGACUGAUAAAAUUGGAAAUAUUCUACUUCGAAUGUCUUGGCAUCUCCUACAUGCUAUUAUCUACUUAUGCUACUUCACUACGGGCAUGGUGCAUGCACUUGAAAGCCAUCUUAUUUCGCGGGGAUUACUGAGGAGAUACAAGUCCCUUCAUAUAUCCAAGAUCAACUAUCUGGCUAUUGUGAUAGAAAGUGAAGAUGCUUGCCGAACUUCAAAUGUUAUUCAGCUUUUGCAAUGGGUGGUAGCUCUUGGUAUCAACCAUAUUUGCCUUUACGAUAACGAAGGUAUACUGAAGAAAUCAAAAGACUUAAUCUUGGAUAAAUUCGAUGGUGCAAUAUUGUUUCAGGAUACUCAUGAAGAUAACAUUUUACUAGACCAACCAUGUAUGACUCUGGAGUUUGUAUCAUUUUCUGAUGGGAAAGAAGCGGUCGCAAGAGCAGCCAAUGUACUUCUUAUGAAGUACAUAAAAUCAGGUGCCACUGGCUCAAAUCAGGGAGAACAAAUCUUCACUGACUCUCAAAUGAGCGAGGCACUCAAAACUGUUGGCAGUGGAGGGCCGGAACCUGAUCUGAUAUUGAUAUAUGGACCUGCCAGGUGCCACUUAGGUUUCCCUGCAUGGAGAAUGCGAUAUACUGAGAUUCAACAUAUGGGACCCUUGAAGUCUAUGGAAUACGGGUCACUAAUUAAGGCAAUUUACAGAUUCACAACGGUGCGGCAAAACUAUGGCAAAUGAGGUGGUGCAAUGGGAGAUCAUGUUCCUGGAUCAGUUGAAUUGCAUGCUAUACAUAGAAUAAAUGCUACAGUUUGAAGUUUAUAAAUCAAUGGCUAAUAAUUUCCUGGACAGAACAACUCUGUAUCCCUGUGUAUUUAUUAAUUACAAACAAUAUUAACUCUUAUUAUGUGUAGAUCACCAAAUCUGGUGAUUAUAUGGCAACAA